AAUGUCAAAUUAAAAUAAAUAAACAAAAUGACAUGUCAACAUGUCAAUAUGUCAUUCAACAAGUGUAUUUUUUUUUGUUUAUAUGUUAAUCUAUAAUUGUUGUCGUUUAAAAUCAAAAUUUUCAAUUACAGAUUUUCAAAUUUUGUCAUAAAUAAACAACAAUGAAUGCAAAUUAUGAUGAAAAUUUAUUGGAUAAUUAUUAUUUACAAUCACUGUGUCGUGAUUAUACAGAAUUAUUUAAUACAGCUGUUGAAAAAUCAUGUAUAAUUUGUAUACCAAGACGUGACAGUUGGAUCACUGAAUUAAUUGAUGAAAAUAAUAUCAAAUGUCAUAUAUUAAUUUUGGAUAAUUUCGAUGAUAAAUCAUGUUAUUAUUUGACACUUGAUGGACAUAAUGUUCAGCUCAAAAAUGGGCUAUUAACAAUUGACAUUUAUAAUGAAAAAAAUACAGUUAAAUUGCUAUUUGAAGAAAUUUUUUAUAAUAAUAAAAACAAAUAUACUGUUUGGUGCAUUGAACGACCACUUGUUAAUGACAACAUGUACCUUGAAAAUGACCUUCCUCCAACAGUAAAAACUCUAUCAGACUGUGAAAAAUUUAUAUUUUCACAAUUAAAUAAUAAAAAAAUUUUCAAUGAACUAAAUAAUCAUAUAAAUAGUUUUAUAAUAAAAAAUAAUAAAAUUGAAAAUUUAAAUUCAACAAUACAAUGUAAAUUAAUUAAAAAUUUAUACAAAGAAUGUUUGAAUAAAAUAUUAAAUGACGUUAACAUUAAUAAAAAAUCAAACGACAAUUUACAUUAUCAACAUGUAAUUAAAAUUUCUAUUGAAUGUCAUGUUUUAUAUGAAUUACGAAAUCAGCUAAAAAAUAUUAUCUCAAUAAAUACCUCAGACAAUGAUUCUCAUCUGAAUAAAAUUAUAAAAAAUAUCCAAGAUUUAGAGUUGGAUGAUUUAAAUAUCGAAAAUAAUGCACAAAUAAAUGACAAAAUUCACCGUAGUAAAAUUGAAUUAUCAAGAAUCAACAGCUUCAUAACAAUACUUGGUAAAAUUGGAUGUUUAAAACGUGCAAUAAAUUAUAUUUCAAAAGACAAUAAUAAAUUUAAUAACGACAGUCUUCUUCCAAUUUUAAUAUUCAUUAUCAUUAAAACUGGCUUAACAAAUUGGAAUUUCCAACUGGAAAUUUUAAAGCAUUACAACUUUUCAAAUGAUCAUGAUAAUAAUAGCGAAACAUCAUUUUUAAUAACGACAUUAGAAGCAUCAAUUGAAUACAUUAAAACAAAAUUAUCAAUUAUAAAUAAUAAUAAAUUUCUAAAGCUACAAACUUCAUUAACUGAUAAAUUAUUUACAAAUACUAAAAAUAAUAAUAAUAAUAGAAAUUUAUUAUUUAAUUAUGAAAAAUUAUGUCAUCCACUUUGUAGAUGUGAAAAAUGUAAAAUUAAUUAUUCAAGUGUAAUUAAUAUCAAGGAUGAAAAAGGAAGAACACCAUUGCACAUUGCAUGUUAUUGUGGUGAUAUUAAAUUAAUUAACUAUUUAAUUGUUAAUAAUGCACUGAUCAAUGAACCAGAUAAUAAUUGUCAAACACCAAUUCAUUAUGCAACAAUGCGAGGUCAUCAAAAUGUAUUAUUGUUGCUAUUAUUACAUGAUGGUUGUAAUAUUAAUAUUGUUGAUAAUAGUGGUUUUAAUUUACUACAUUUUGCUGCUUAUUAUUGUCAUGAUGUAUGUUUAAAAACAAUACUGUGUUAUGAUAAAAAUAUUAAUAUAAAUUCGCAAAAUAAUGCGGGUGAUACAGCUCUACAUAUUGCAUCAAAAUUGGGCUAUAAAGCAAUUGUUAAUACUCUAGUUGAAUGCGGGGCAGAUAGAGAUAUCAAAAAUAAAAGAGGACAAACACCAUUAACAAUUGCACAUAAUAAAAUAAUUAUUAAAAUUAUUAAUAGUAAUAAUAAUACAGUUGAUAAAAUAAAUUUAAACUGUAAAUUAAUAAAAGGUAAUUGUAAGAAAUUAAAUAAUGAAAUUAAACCAAAAAUAGUUGAUAAUAAAAUUGAUAAAUUAAUGAGAUCAAUUAAUGAUGGUGAUGUUAGACUGGCUUGUUAUUAUUUGGGUCUUGAGGGAGCAUGUACAAGACCAAGAAAAACAUCAGUUGAUUUGAUUCUCUGUCAUCCAUUGUGUAGAUGUAAUAAUUGCCAUGAUAUUGAUGAGACAAUAUUUGAUGAUGAUAGUGUUGGUGGUCCUGAUAAAUCAACACUUAAUUUAAAUGUUACAAAUUUACGUGGAGAAACAUGUCUUCAUCUUGCUUGUCUAAAUGGUCUUGAUGAUUUAAUUGAAAUACUAAUUGAUGCUGGAGCAGAUGUUAAUGCCAUGACAAUUAUUGAAAAACGUACAGCAUUACAUAUUGCUUGUUAUCAUGGAAAAAUAAAAAUUGUAAAAUUAUUAUUAAAUUGUCAAACAAUAAAUAUAAAUAGUGCGGAUUAUCUUGGUGAUACUGCUCUUCAUAUUGCUGCCAAAAAUGGUUUUAUUAAAAUUGUUGAAUUAAUAUUAAGGCAUGAUGUUGAUAUUUAUUUACGUAAUUGUAAUGGUCUUACUGCAAUGGAACAAGUACAUGAUAUUAUUAGAGAAUAUAAAUUUUCUUCACAAACAUUUAUUGAUAUUUUAAAUAUAUUAAAAAAUCAUUAGUCAAUUGCAAAAAGGUUUUUUGAAAUAAAUAAUUGUUUGUAUAUUUAUUUUUUUUAUUUAAUCUAAUCAUGUUAUUAUUUAAUCACAAUUUGUAAUUAGCAGUCGUUAUAAUAAUUAUUAUAAUAAGUAGUCAUGUAAAAUAUACAGAAAUAUAUCAUAUUCACAAUUAUUAUUAAUAUUAUUUACAACAAAAUGACAAACUAGUGUCGAGGAAUAAAAAUUCAUUUUCUUUUGUAUUUUUUUAUAAAUAAAUAUAUAUAUAUUAAAAUUUGUGACGUGCUAUAAUCAUACAAUAAAAAUUUUUAAUAUGAUUUUUUUCGUUGUUUGCUGACACGAGAUUAGAAAAAAAAAAAAGAAAAAAA